AUGUUACUAAAUUUCAAAAAGGUCACAUUGGUCAUUGGUUUAUCCUUAACUGUCAUUGUCAUCUGCAGUGUCCUGUACGUGUUCACUGUUGGAUGGGAACAACAAAAUAACGACGUCGUUGGACCAGGGCGAUUUUCUGAUCCAUCACUCAAAUUCGUCAGCGUACUGGUCCGUCAUGGAAAUAGAGCACCAAUGAUAAAAUACAAAACAGACCCACACAAGAAUGCUUUUCCAGAAGGAAUAAUGGAAUUAACGAAAAAAGGAAAGUACAAUAUGUACAAAAAAGGACAGUUGUUUCGACGCUUAUAUAAUGGGUCUAAGUGA